AAGAGUGUACUCGCAUUAUUGCCUAAGUAAGUAUACGAGAUGGCGGAAAGCCCUCCAGAAACAAAACGUGACGAGCAGUUUCCACUGCUCAUGGUGGCCGGCGCGGGAGAUGGGGUGCCUCGACCAAGAAGUUUCUCAGCGCUCUGGAGCCUGUCCAGCCGCCCAUCUUCAACUGAAACGAAACGUUCACUGUUGGAUCGGUUCCCUGAAUAUUUGUCAACAUGCUGGAUGACUUUUAUUCUGCUGGGAGUCUCUUUCCUAGUCUUCUACGCUAUAGGCAUGAUUGCAUUCAAACAUCAAACUUACAUCGUCCUCAAGUGCAAUAACGAUUCUAAACCAGCGAAUGACGUAUUCUACCACCAUGUGAUCCCCCGGGGCGCUCUAGUUCCUUUCAUGAUCUAUUCUGAAUAUCUUGGUGCAAUAGCUAUCCAAUACCCUAAUUUACGCAUUAACGUAUAUUUUUUAAUCGAUGAUUCAUUUUCACCUAACAGUAUUUCGCUUAAACGUUCUAAAUACGAUAGACUUUAUGCUUACCACUCUAACAAAUUUUAUGAAGAAUUUAAUAAGCGGGAGAUUAGAGAAUUUCACAAGAGAUAUCCAAACGUGAAUACGACUUUAAUGCUGUUGAGUAAAUAUAUGGCCCAAACUCCAUUGAAAUAUUUGUGGAGGAGCAUUCCUAUGUCUUUUAUACCCUUCUAUGCCAGAGUUUAUUCUGUAUGGCAACAUGGGGGAAUAGCUCUGGAUUUGCCUGUGUCUUACACCCAAUACAUGACUCAAAAAUUUGAUUCACGGGUUGCGGAUAUUUUAAGACUACAUAACGAUGGUGUAAAGCCGGAAGAGUUUGAUGAAAUUCUAAAUAAAGUAGGCGAAGAUGAACGUCUAUUUGUAAUACUUCACUCGCUGCUAUCAAACUUUAUGCAUGAAACUAAAGCAAUAAUAUCCAAAAUAAUGUCAUGUAGUGUACAGUCGUUCAAUGUAACUAAAGAGAACAUGACCGAAACACCUACCAUCUUUAUGACUUCCGAUCUUCCAAACGCCGAUUUGAAUAACCUGAAAAGUAAAAUAUCUAAAGAUCAUAUUAUUAGCAUCCCUAAAUCUUCUUCUCUGGUUAAAAAGAAUGAACCCGAAGUGUCUGCUGAUGCAGACUUAACUACAUCAAAUAUUGUACUUAUCAAAAGAGAUGUUAACGUUAACAUUAAUAUUAGCAUUGAUAACGAUAACACCACCGGUGAUAGCAAACAAAACUUGUACCAAAUGAUACAGAGUGCAGUGAAUGCAACAACUAUCAAAACGAAAACAGCUAGUUCAAGCGCUUCUGUCACUCAAGGAAUUGCAACUGACAUGAAUAUUACACCAAAUCAUCCUAAGAAUUUCUCUGACGAGCCUUCGGAUGUAAUCGGAUUUAAGGCUUGGAAGGAAAUGGUAAUAAGACAGACACCAAACGAAAUCUUAAAUAAUUCAGAACCUCAGUUUGUCCUAGUUUAUGAUAUAUUUCUAUCUCCAAAUACGUUUGUAAGUACCCCUGCAAAAGAUAAAGACCAGGUACAGGAAUCAGAUAACGUGAUGAAACGCAAAUUCGUUGCUAAGCCGGAACAACGAAUUUUUGUGGAUGCUGAGGGUACUUUCGUAUCUGCUACUUCUCGUUUCCAUCCUUUCUUAUAUCAUGUUCUUAAUGCAGGCUGUAAGCGAUUACCUCCAAAGAUUGCUAUAAAGGAGGCUCUAUUCAUAGAAUGCGCUUCUAACUACUUGCAGGACAGGAUUUACUGUAAUAGUAUUUAUAUAAUUUAGUUAUUUAAAAUAUUUGUUUCUUUCUACUUUUUCGAUUGAUUGUCGACUGUAUUUCAAGUAGCAAAUUU